AUGAAUUUCCAUAAAACUUCUGGAGAUGAUGUACAUGCCGGGCACCAGUACUUAUCAUCGCCACGAUGCUUCGAAAACGCGCCAGUAAAGCUUCUUCUUUCUCUUCUCUUCGUGUGUAUCGAGUCCGGGGGCGGAAAACGGUCAUCGUUUCAAUCAUCGAAAAACGUGGCAGGUGAUUUCAGUGAUGGAGGCAACGUCUUGCACAUCGGCGGCAUCUUCCCCAUCGCUGGUGAAGGCGGUUGGCAGGGCGGUCAAGCGUGCAUGCCUGCCGCCCAUCUCGCGCUCGAAGAUGUCAACGCUAGGAAAGACUUGUUGCCUGGAUACGUCCUCAAAUUGCACAGCAACGACAGUGAGUGUGAACCGGGAUUGGGUGCUAGCGUUAUGUACAAUCUACUUUACAAUCAGCCAACCAAGUUAAUGCUUUUGGCUGGAUGUAGUACUGUCUGCACAACAGUCGCAGAGGCUGCCAAAAUGUGGAAUUUAGUUGUGUUAUGUUACGGGGCAAGUUCACCAGCGCUAUCCGAUAGAAAUCGUUUUCCAACAUUGUUUCGCACUCAUCCCUCCGCUACUGUACACAAUCCCACGAGGAUUAAGUUGAUGAAGAAGUUUAACUGGUCCAGAAUAUCCAUCUUGCAGCAGGCCGAAGAGGUUUUUAUCUCUACCGUGGAGGAUCUCGAGAAGAGGUGCAUGGAAGCUGGCAUAGAAAUAGUCACCAGACAGUCGUUUUUAUCCGAUCCUACUGAUGCUGUGAGAAAUCUUAGAAGACAGGAUUCGAGAGUUGUUAUUGGCCUUUUUUAUGUCGUAGCUGCGAGAAGAGUUCUGUGUGAGUUGUACAAACAAAACCUCUACGGCAAGCAGUACACCUGGUUUUUUAUCGGUUGGUACGAAGAUAACUGGUUCGAGAUAAUGAUAGAGAAAGAAGGCAUCGAAUGCACGGUAGAGCAGAUGCGAAUGGCCGCCGAAGGUCACAUGACGACUGAAGCUUUAAUGUGGAAUCAGAAUCGUAACGAACGCACAAUCUCUGGGAUGACAUCUGAAGAUUUCCGACUGCGAUUAAACGACGUGUUACGCAGAGAGGGUUAUGACAUUCAAAAUCAAAGGUAUCCCGAGGGUUAUCAGGAAGCUCCAUUAGCCUACGACGCCGUGUGGAGUGUGGCUUUAGCUUUCAAUAAAACAAUGGACCGUCUGCACAAGUACGGAAAGAGUUUAAAGGACUUUAAUUACAACAACAAAGAGAUAGCCGAUGAUAUUUACUCUGCGAUCAAUUCGACGCAGUUCUUGGGGAUUUCGGGUUUCGUGGCAUUCAGCUCGCAGGGCGACAGGAUAGCGUUGACUCAGAUAGAACAAGUGAUAAACGGCAGCUACGUCGUCCUGGGAUACUACGAUACGCAGGCUGACAAUCUCACAUGGUUUGGAAGGGAAGUCUGGCGAGGUGGUAAAGUACCUCAAGACCGAACCAUCAUCAGACGAGUGCUUCGGACCGUAUCGUUACCUCUAUUCAUCUGCAUGUGUAUAAUCUCGAGCAUAGGAAUUAUUGUUGCGGCCGGUUUAAUAGGUUUUAAUAUUUGGAACAAGCACAGACGAGUAAUCCAAUCGUCGCAUCCAGUAUGCAACACAAUAAUGCUGUUCGGUAUUAUUGUCUGCUUAGCCGCCGUGUUCCUGCUUGGCCUGGAUGGACGAUUCGUAUCUCCUGAUUCGUAUCCUUUGAUCUGUCAAACGAGAGCGUGGCUUCUUUCGACGGGGUUUACAUUGUCAUUCGGCGCCAUGUUCAGCAAAGUUUGGAGAGUCCACAGGCUAACUACAAAGGCGAAAAGUGAUCCAAAAGUUAGAAUGAAAAAAGUUCAACCCUGGAAACUGUACUCGAUGGUAUCCGGCCUGUUGAUGAUCGACUUUGUGGUAAUGUUUUUAUGGCAACUGUUGGAUCCUCUACAUCGUCGUAUCGAGAUAUUCCCGUUGGAGUCUCCCGUAUCAGCUCUGGAUGACGCCCAAAUCAGGCCGGAGCUGGAGCAUUGCGAGAGCCAACAGAACAAUGUUUGGUUAGCUAUAAUUUACGCUUAUAAGGGAUUAGUCCUGAUUUUUGGUUUGUUUCUUGCUUACGAAACUAGAUCAAUGAAGGUGAAACAGAUAAACGAUUCGAGAUAUGUGGGAAUGAGCAUUUACAAUGUUGUGAUACUGUGCCUGAUAACUGCUCCUGUCACCAUGGUAAUUGCCAGUCAACAAGAUGCCAGUUACGCAUUCGUCGCCCUAGCCAUAGUUUUCUGCUGUUUUCUCAGCAUGGCCCUCAUCUUUGUGCCUAAGGUAAUUGAGGUGAUAAGACAUCCAAAAGAUAAGGCUGAAAGUAAAUACAACCCGGAUCCGGGUCUUUCCAAAGAAGAAGAGGAAAGAUAUCAGAAACUACUCAGCGAAAAUGAAGACUUACAACGACUUAUAGCGCAGAAAGAAGAAAAGAUAAAACUUCUGAAAGAUCGAAUAGCCGAAAAAGAGAGCGGCACGAAAGGGGGACUACUAACGCCAUCUGCAAUCACACAAGGUAAGGACUGUCUCAUAGUCGCAGAUUUCAUCACCGACGCGGGAACUUCCGAUUCGGCCUUUGGUGGAGGGCACUCGGUGUACACUAGGUCCUCGAGGUGCAGUCAGUCAGAUAUUGAAUUUAGCGAAAGUUAUUUGUAA